CCAGCCCUGAGACGCGCGAACGCGGUGUGCAGCUCUCCCGGAAUGAAACGCGCUGCUCUUCUGGAAAUCAGCCACCACGAACAAGAGCCGUAUUCACAGCUCAGCUUUUAUUUCUAACCUAAAAAUUUAAAACCAAAAAAAAAUCGUGGCUUGUUUUCACAGACAUUUCUAAACAAACUCGGAGGGUUUUGCACCUCUAACAGAAAGAAGAGCCCUGAUCAGUACCUGCGCUGGAUGUUUGAUGCCCUGUCCAUAGACUGGCUGAGUUUAUUCCCUGGAAGGAUGCAUAUUUCAAGGAUUAUUCGUUUGACUUUGCGUAAUUCUUUGAAAACUCUUCUUCUCGCCUUGUCCGUCUUGACCACUGUGAGAGGCGCAGCCACCAACGUGAACCUUUCAGAGUCUGGAGAGAUCGAGCCUUUGGCCGAAGCCCAGAGUGGAGGUCUGCCAACAGCUGAAGGGUACUUUCUGGAAUUUGUUGAGCCUCCAAACAACAUGACAAUCAUGCAAGGUCAGACAGCUACGCUACACUGCAAAGUGGCAGGUAACCCAAGGCCCACCAUCAAAUGGCUGAAGAACGACGCGCCAGUGGUGCAGGAGCAGGGCCGCAUCUCAAUCCGCAAGACAGAGUUUGGUUCAAAGCUCCGUAUCCAGGAUCUGGACACUACUGACACUGGAUACUAUCAAUGCGUAGCCUCCAACUCCCUGAAGAUGAUCGCAGCCACUGGUGUUCUGUAUGUACGCCUAGGCCAGUCUCCAACCAGGGGUCCAGAUGAUGCGACUCACGAGAAGGGUUUCUGCCAGCCGUACCGAGGCAUCGCAUGUGCACGAUUUAUUGGGAACAGGAGCAUCUACGUAGAGUCUCUGCAGAUGCAAGGGGAAAGUGAGAACCGUAUCACGGCUGCAUUAACCAUGAUUGGCACCUCCACCCAACUCUCAGAUCAGUGUUCACAGUUUGCCAUCCCCUCAUUUUGCCACUACGUCUUCCCACUGUGCGAGGAAGGCACGAGGGGCCCUCAGCAGCGGCAGCUCUGCAGGGACGAGUGCGAGGCACUUGAGAACGACCUGUGCCGUGCCGAGUACACCAUCGCCCGCUCCAAUCCACUAAUCCUUAUGCAGCUGGAGCUGCCCAACUGCCAUCUGCUUCCUCACCCAGGCUCGCCAGAUGCUGCCAGCUGCAUGCGCAUUGGAGUGCCCAACAACCGUCUGGAGACAUAUUCUCCCCCAGAUCACAGCUGCUACAAUGAUAGCGGGGCCAAUUACAGAGGAAUUGUCAGUAAAACAAAGUCUGGCCACCAGUGCCAGCCCUGGAAUACUCAGUACCCCCACAGCCAUCAUCUGACACCGAUUGAGUACCCAGAGCUCCGAGGUGGGCACAAUUUCUGCAGGAACCCGGGAGGACAAAUGGAGGCUCCAUGGUGUUUUACUCUCGAUCCCCAUGUGAGGGCUGACCUCUGUGAUGUUCGCCCAUGCAAGCCGCCUGAAAGCAUGAAGAAGGAGGUAUUGUACAUCCUCAUCCCCAGUAUCGCCAUCCCAUUAGUCAUCGCCUGCUUGUUCUUCCUGGUGUGCAUGUGCCGUAACAAGCAAAAGGAGUCGAUCGACACUCCCCCUCGUCGGCAACUUGCUGCCUCUCCCAGUCAGGACAUGGAGAUGCCACUCCUUAACCAGCACAAGCAUCAGGGAAAACUCAGAGAAGUUAACCUAUCUGCUGUACGCUUUAUGGAGGAACUUGGUGAAGACCGCUUUGGGAAAGUCUACAAAGGUCACCUCUACGGCACAGCACCAGGAGAACAGACCCAAGUGGUGGCCAUCAAGACUGUCAAAGACAAAGAUGAGGGAACACUGCAAGAAGAGUUCCGUCAUGAGGCUACGCUCCGUUCCCGUCUCCAGCACCCAAACAUUGUGUGCCUUCUGGGCGUGGUGAUCAAAGAACAGCCCAUGAGCAUGAUUUUCAGCUACUCGGGUCACGGUGACCUCCAUGAGUUCCUGGUUAUGCGCUCACCCCACUCUGACGUUGGCAGCUCUGAUGAUGACAAAACAGUCAAGUCGGCUCUUGAACAGGCGGACUUUCUGCACAUUGUCACUCAGGUGGCAGCAGGGAUGGAGUAUCUGUCCAGUCACCAUGUCGUCCACAAAGAUCUGGCUGCCCGAAACAUUCUAGUCUGUGACAAACUCAACGUAAAGAUUCUUGAUCUUGGGCUGUUCCGUGAGGUCUACUCUGCUGACUACUACAAGCUGAUGGGAAACAGUCCCUUUCCUAUCCGCUGGAUGUCGCCAGAGGCCAUAAUGUACGGCAAAUUCUCCACUGAUUCUGACAUCUGGUCUUAUGGCGUGGUGUUGUGGGAGAUCUUCAGCUAUGGCUUGCAGCCCUACUGUGGCUACUCCAACCAAGAUGUAAUUGAAAUGGUACGUAACAGACAAGUCCUGUCCUGCCCUGAUGACUGCCCAUCCUGGAUCUACACGCUAAUGCUGGAAUGCUGGAAUGAAUUCCCAGCGCGCCGGCCACGCUUCAAGGACAUUCAUGCACGCUUGCGCACAUGGGAAAGCUUGUCCAAUUACAAUAGCUCAGCGCAAACAUCUGGGGCGAGCAACACCACCCAAACCAGCUCUCUGAGCACAAGCCCUGUCAGCAAUAUCAGUGCUGCUCGCUACGUCACUCCCAAGAAGACCUCCCCAUUCCCACAGCCGCAGUUUAUGCCUAUGAAGGGCCAGAUGAGGCCUAUGGUACCACCCCAACUUUACAUCCCAGUAAAUGGUUACCAGCCUGUGCCUGCCUACCCAUACCUCCAGAACUUCUACCCCAUGCAGAUCCCUAUGCAGAUGCCCUCACAACAGAUGCAUCCACAGAUGGUACCUAAGGCAGGCUCACACCACAGCGGCAGCGGUUCCACCAGCACAGGUUACGUCACCACAGCACCAUCCAAUGCAUCCGGCACAGAGAAGACCGGCCUGCUGAGUGAGGAUGCUAAGGCAGCUGAGGACAACAUGGCUGAUGGAGCUUCACAGAAUGGCCUGCAUAAUGAUGACACAUCCGUCCCCGAGACAGAGCUUCUCGGCGACAACGACAGCCCACAGAUUGAUGUCAAUGAGCUGCAUUCAGAAGCAUAGGCAGCCUUUUGGGACCCAAUGACAGCAAGAGCUGUUCUCUGAUUGUGACUUUAUAGCUUCUGCCAGCUUAACCACACAGUGAAGGGAAAUCAUUGUUUGUGACAAAAACUGAAUGUUAUUUGUGGGUUAUUUGGCAGUCACUAAAACAACAUUUCUACUUUUGGAGGCUAUACCUCUAGGUCUGGUGACAGCAGUACGCUUAUGCUGCUUUUGGCUGCAAUGAAGAAUCGAAAUUCUCACCUUUUGACAGGCGGUGGGUUGUUGAUGUGACACACUGACAGUGUUUUUUUUCUAUUAAAUUUGUUGCAAAGCCAUUCAGAAGAAUUUGAGUUCUUACUGUUGCUGUGCAACAUGGACCAUUGUAUCUUUUUAUAUGGAUGUUUGCGGCCAUCAAAUCAUUUGACUAGCAUUUUGAUUUUUUUUUUUUUUUACUUUAAACAAUUACAUAGGAAUGGUUAGGCAAUCUGAGUGCCUUAUGUUUAUCUAACUCUCAGAAUGAAUGAGAACAGGAUUUACUGUGUUUACUACAUUGAAGCUUAUGUUAAUUAUGUCUUGCUAAAGGUGGCCACAGGGUGAAUAUAACAGAGCACCGGUUUUAACUGACAGACUCAACACUAUGCAAUAUUCAGUGCUAAGCUGCCUUACACGUUAUCCAGACAUUUCGAAAAAGCAAGUUGGCCCCAAAAUAUGUGAUUUUUGUUAUUUUUUUUAAAUACUUGUUUUAAGGUUGAAACGCUGUUGUAAAGAAGUGUAAUUUAUAGCAUUGAUUUUCUUAAAGAAAUUGAUUAUAAUUUUCCUUGUCCUUCUUUUAGAUAACUUUGUUUAGCCAUUGAUAUUACUUAAAUUAGUUUAAAACCAAAUAUUUGCUUCUUUUUUUUAAAAAAAACCAAACGGUUAUUACGUAACCAUAUAUUGUGUAUGUGAAGAGGGAGUGUCAAAUAAAGCGAGAGGUGAAACAA